UUUUGUUUUGCUCAGUUGUUUUGUAAACAACAUAGCGAAAAAUAUGGAUUUUAUCAUAUAAACGGACAGUCGUUCAAAAGCUUGGUUGUCUUAAUGGCAGUGCCUGUGUUGUUAGCCACAAGUAUCGAUGAUCACUAUUGUCGAACUUCUCAUUUCUUUGAGAAGAUAGCCGACAAAAAGGUGCCAGUUUAUGGACAGAAGCACAUACCACCCUCCUGGAUUACCUUCAAACAAAACUUCAAGCCGAUAAGAAAGGAGGAGACUGUCUACGUGAAUCUUACUUCCAGGUUUACAAUUAGAAAAUUUUGUGAAAAUGGAAAAUGGAAUCCUACUGUGAAGCUAUGUGACUGCAAUAGAAAUUAUGGUGGGAAAUUCUGUGACAAAGAUUGCAGACGUGGUGAAUGCGUGGAGCAGCCUCUCGAUUAUCGCGAGGACGAAGCAGACAAGAAAGCGAUUCGUGAACAUUUACAGCCCAACAAACUGAAACUUGAAGAGGCACCUAACAAAGACACCAGUUUACCUAAAAGGGAUGAUUUCGCCCUAACCUUUGAUCAUCAGCUCCCAUAUCAAAAUCGGACUCUAAUUGGAAUAUUAUUCGCAGUGACUUCAAUAGUCCUUUACUUGUUGGGGGUAGCAAUGAUAUUUGAGAGUGCAAAACGAAAAUAGAAAUGGGAAAUAUUUCUCUAUUUCUCCGCUUUUAUCCUUCCCCUUCUUCAACGAAACAAAAUAAAGUAAGCUAAGCCAGUAA